AUGGAUCCAACAGUAGGAUCCGCAGCUGACAAAAAGCGCAAUAAACUGGGGUACCACAGGUCAUCGGUGGCAUGCGUACAUUGUAGGAGAAGGAAAAUCAGAUGUUUGCUAGCCUCCGACGAUAUUCAAGGGCGAUGCGAAAACUGUAUCCGGUUGAAGAAAGAAUGCCAUUUUUUCCCAGUGGAUCAACAACCUCUUAUGGAAAUGAAACUGUCUCACGCAGGGUCCAAAACUGGUGCAAUAUCGACGGAAACAUCGAUGACUUCGUCCCCACCGUUGCUGGGAAGCGGUGGAAUGGUGGAUCAGAAGGAUUCAUAUUUUCAAUACGCACCAUUGCCAUUAAAUUCGGGUCAAGAUAUCUCCCAGUUCGAACCAAGCCCUUUCGUUGAGACCCUCAUGUCGAAAUUCAGCCCAGAUCCUCUAAGCGCAACCGAUUUAAGCACUGUUCCGUCAGCAAAUCUACCCGUAUCGUGGGAAGGCGCUUCGUAUUUCGAUAACCAGGUGCUCGGAGCAGCAACGAAGUCGCAAAUGGCGACCCCAGGAAACCCUGCUUGGAGCCAAGCCUCACCAGGGGCACCUCUUUCUACCGCUUCAUCGAUUCCCGGGACUCCAAUAACUCCCGGAAUUCUUCCUUCGACCGGCGACCCAACGGCUUUUGGUAUGCAGGAUAGUUCAGUUUGGGCCGUAGCCCCGUCAAGAUCAAUGAGUCUUGCCUCCAGGAAUCUCACGCAAUACCAAGGCCAGUAUCAGCAGUCUCUGCUGCCAGAAUUUAAACGACGAAUGACCUCUCCAGGGGAUGGAUAUGCCCAUCCAAUUAACAGUUCAAUGCCGGAACUACCAUCGUCAGCGAUGCCAGUUUCCUACACGCAAACACAAUCUCCCGAAGGAUAUUCCACUUGGGAAACAUUUCAAGGAGAGCCGACAGUGCCUCCUACCACCAACCAACCAACAACAGAGACGACGCCUGACGGGUUAGGCGAAUGGUAUGCGGACUCACCCCAGCAAUAA